AUGAUGUCCAGAACAGAUUCAGAUACAAUUGAUAAUGCAAGCUUAGAUUCAGAGAAACCAAGAGAAUAUGGAGACGCCUUGCAGGAGCAACAAGAUCGCCAUGUUGUCCACAGAACUGAGAGCAGAAUUUCCAAAAUAAUCUCCCAUUUGGGCUCACAUGAAGACGACGAGGAGCUAGAGAAAUUGGUGUCAAAUAAUCCAGGAGUUGAGAGGAUAAAGACAGAGUUGCAAGAAGGCGCAGGACAAUUGGGUCCCUUGGAAGAGCCAUUGGAUAUCAAGUUGGUGCAAACGCAUCCAGAUCCACAAUCGGAUUUCAAUGAAAAUGAUCCUUGGAAGUAUCCUCUUGAUGAGGAUACUGGAUUAAGGAUAGUCGAAUGGGUAGAAAAUGACAGAAGCAAUCCAAUCAAUUGGGGCUCGGGAAUCAAGUGGGUUUACACGGGUAUCUUGGGUUCUAUUUGCUUCGUUGUUGCUCUUGGAUCUGCUAUUGUGACAGGUGACUUGGGGCGACCAGCUGUUUACUUUGGUGUCUCGGAAGAGGUUAUUAUUUUGGCCUCUGUUACUAUGUUUGUUUUGGGUUUCGGAUUUGGUCCAUUGGUGUUUGCUCCAAUGUCGGAGGAAGUCGGUCGAAAGCCAAUUUAUGUUGCUACACUUUUUGUUGCAUUGAUCUUUAUUAUCCCAUGUGGUGCUGCAAAGAAUAUUGGAACCUUGAUUGUUUGUCGUUUGAUUGAUGGACUUGCAUUUAGUGCCCCCAUGACAUUGAUUGGAGGCUCGUUGGCUGAUAUUUGGGAAGGGCCGGAAAGAGGUGUCGCCAUGGCCAUUUUUUCAGCUGCUCCAUUCUUGGGUCCUGUGUGUGGGCCAAUCUUUGGUGGUUUAUUGGCCGAUCACGCACCAACGUGGAGAUGGAUCUACUGGACAUUUUUGAUCAUUGCUGGUGUUUUUUAUGCAAUUUUCAUUUCCGUUGUGCCUGAAACACAUCAUGGAACAUUGUUGAGAAAGAGAUCGAAGAAGUUGAGGAAAGAUACUGGAGAUGAAAGAUAUAGAUGCUUGAAUGAAAUUGAAGUGAGAACGUUCAAAGAAGUUGCAAAGACAUCCCUAUUGAGACCAUUUGUGUUGUUGAGCGAAUUGAUUGUGUUUUUGGUGACCAUGUACAUGGCAGUUAUUUACGGUUUGUUGUACAUGUUCUUCUUUGCUUACCCAGUGGUAUACAUGGAUGGUAAAGGCUGGUCUGCUUCCAAAACCGGUGUCAUGUUUAUCCCAAUCGGCGGUGGGGUUAUUCUUGCCACCCUCGCUGCUCCAUUUUUUAACAAGGAUUACAACAAAAGGGCUCAACUGUACAGAGACAGAGGAGAGUUGCCACCAGCUGAGUUGAGAUUGAUUCCAAUGAUGAUCUCUUGUUGGUUCGUUCCAGCUGGUCUAUUUGCAUUUGCUUGGUCUUCCUACAGUUGGUUGUCUUGGGCAGGUCCAUGCUUUUCUGGUUUAGGUGUUGGAUUUGGUCUUUGUGGAUUAUACAACCCUGCAAAUAACUACAUCGUGGACUCGUACCAGCAUUAUGCUGCAAGUGCUUUAGCGGCAAAGACUUUUGUUAGGUCUGUCUGGGGUGCUUGUGUCCCAUUGUUCACCAUCCAAAUGUACCAUCGGUUAGGUUAUGAAUGGGCCAGUUCAUUAAUGGCUUUUAUCUCAUUGGCUUGCUGUCUCAUUCCUUACUUGUUCUUCUUUUAUGGAGCAAGAAUUAGAGCAUACUCUAAAUAUGCUUAUUCCCCAGGAAUGGAAAAUAAAUAG